AUGAAUAUCAUCUGUGGUCUAAAGUUGAUGGGCAGGAACUGUGUUUCCUUUCCUUUGGCUUCUUUGACCAAGGAGGCGAAGUGCAGUAACUUUCUUAAGUCUUACGCAGGAUCUUGCCGGACUCAAGUCAGUCGUAGUCGAGACAGAGGCCAAAGGCUGGAUUUGAGUGGAAAUACUAGAAACUGGUUUUUGGCUGGAAGCCCUGACUCUGACAGAAACUUCAUCAGUAAAGGACUGAGGUGUCUUUUGAAUGUCCCAAAUACAGCAGUACACAAGAAUGCACACCACAGUUCAGGAAGGUUUUGCUUCCAGGCUUCUCAUCCGCUGGGGAAGACAAUCACAUCCCUCCAGAUCAGUUUGGUAGGGCAACUCCCACAUCAUUUUCCAGCUUGGAACAUUCAGAUCAUCAGGUCUUUUCACACAUCACCAUCAUUUCGGGCUGCACCAGCUCCUCUUUUCUGGAUUAUUGUUAAGCCAGCUCAGAAAUUAUUUGCUGUCCUUCUUGGCAGGAGCAUAAGAAAUUGGUGGAAGGCACUUCCUCCUAAUAAACGGGAACUUUUUAAAGAACAUGCAAGACAAAAUAAAUGGAAGAUACUGCUGGGUGUCAGUAGCUUAGGAGUUUUAUUUGUUGUGUUUUAUUUUACUCACUUGGAGGAGACACCCAUCACUGGGCGCAUGCGACUGUUGGUGUUUGGAAAAGAGCAUUUUAGGGAGCUGUCUGAGAUGGAAUAUAAGAUGUGGAUGGAGGAAUUCAAAAGUAAAAUGUUACCUGAGAUGGAUCCACGCUACCAGGUUGUGAAGAGAGUUGUUGGUCAUUUAUCUGAAAGCAACAAGGACAUCCCACAGGUCUCUGCACUCGAGUGGGUUAUCCAUGUGGUGGAGGAACCAGGUGUUAAUGCUUUUGUACUUCCAAAUGGUCAAGUGUUUGUUUUCACUGGAUUGCUAAAUGCAGUUUCUGAUAUUCAUCAGCUGUCCUUCAUUCUGGGACAUGAAAUAGCUCACGCUGUGCUGGAACACGCAGCAGAGAAAGCCAGCCUGGUUCACUUGUUGGAUUUUCUAUCACUCAUCUUUCUCACUAUGAUUUGGGCCAUCUGUCCUCGAGAUAGUUUGGCAGUUGUUGGCCAGUGGCUUCAGAGCAAGUUGCAGGAGUUUGUGUUUGAUAGACCAUACAACAGAACGUUGGAGGCUGAAGCUGAUAAAGUGGGACUUCAGUUUGCAGCAAAGGCUUGUGUGGAUGUAAGAGCAAGCAGUGUAUUUUGGCAGCAAAUGGAAUUAGCAGAAACCAUUCAAGGGCAGCCCAAGUUACCAGAGUGGCUUUCCACACACCCUUCUCAUGGGAACAGAGCGGAGCACUUGGACCGGCUUAUCCCAGAGGCUCUUAAAAUAAGAGAGAGCUGCAAUUGCCCAUCUCUUUCUGGACCAGAUCCUCGCCUCAUUUUCCAACUUAACAUGCAACAUCUCCUGGAAUCGUCUAAGAAUCAAGAAGCCCCAAAUUCUACAAAGCGAGAUCACUCAAAACCCAAACUGGAUUUUCCUCACACUCAAAAAGUGGAAGAUAGGCCAGUAACUUUUGCAGUUAAACCUACAAACUAA